UGCCCCCCCCCCAGGGUGUCUACUUCCUCUCGUUAUACUCAUACAACUUUAAACUCCUUCUCUUGUGUCUCUGCUCUAACUAUAAAAGGCUUCCCCUCAUCAUCAGGAGCCAGCACUGCAAAUAAAAUCAGAAUGAGACAGCCGACCAGCCUUUACUUCACGGUCCUCUUCCUCCUCCUCCUCUCCCUCUGCUGGGGUCAGAGGUCAAACCCAGACGGCGAGAGGCCUUCCUGCGAUCGCUGCAACCGGCAGCUCUCUUGUAACUGUUCCCACGGAGGAUUCACUCGUGUUCCCACGGUGACAGAUCGCGCCCUGACGCUUGAUCUCUCCUUCAACAACAUCACCGUGGUGACCGCUGAUGAUCUGAAGGGACACCUGAGACUGAGGACUCUGAGUCUCCACGGUAACAGAAUAGCUGUGAUCCAUCCGUCAGCGUUCGACUCUCUGUGGAGUCUGGAGGAGCUAGAUCUGUCCGACAACCAGCUGACUGCUCUCAAUCAUACAUGGUUCAGCAAGCUGGGAGCGCUACGGGAGCUCAACCUGCUCAACAACCCAUACAGCUGCCUGGGCUCUCCUCCAGUGUUUCAGAGUCUGUUCAGGCUGAGGAGGCUAAGGUUUGGAGGUCCUGCUCUGGAGGAGCUAAAGAGAGGAGAUCUGUUUGGAGUCACUCAGCUGGAGGAGCUUACUGUGAACGCCAACAACCUGAUGAGGUACGAGUCCGGUACUCUAGCAUACGUUUGGCCGUUGGGUUGUGUCACUUUGAGCCUCCACAGUCCAUUUCUAACAAACAUAUCCUUAGCCUCAGCUGUGCUCAGGGACGUGUCGUACCCCGAGACACCUCUCAUACUAGAGGACAUCCAUCUUAUUGGGAAUCUGUCUGUUCAGCCCUUCAGAGAGUCAGCCAGGAGGAGAAUCAGGAAAAUUACCUUCCACAACUUUAGGGUGUCUGAUGAGGCCAUUGUUAACCUACUGGAAGUGCUGGAUGGCGUGCCACUCACCGCCUUAAUCGUGGAUAAUGUCACGCUGACAGGCGAGGGCAGGUGGGCACGAGCCAGCUGGUCCGAUCAUAAAAGCGUAGACGAGUUCUUCGUACGAAACACUGUGGUGCUGGACGUCUUUAAGUUUGUCUCGUUUCUGGAGCUGGGGUUUCUGCUGAAGUACCCCAGGAAGGUGUCUGUCAUAAACUCUCAGGUGUUUGUGAUGCCCUGUGCAACGUCCCGACUGCUGGUGAGCCUACAGUACCUGGACCUGUCCGACAACCUGCUGACUGACAUGACUCUGGAGGAGUCGCUGUGCAAGGGAGACAGCUCGCUGAAGGACCUCCGAGUUUUAAACGUCAGCGGGAACUCUCUGAAGUCUCUGUCCGCAGUGAGCCAGCUGGUAACAAAGCUCUCCAAACUCACCCACCUGGACAUCAGCAGGAACGGAUACAUCUCCAUGCCUCCAGGCUGCUCCUGGCCCUCCACCCUGCGAUACCUCAACAUCUCUGGGGCUAAACUUGCAACCGUCACCCCGUGUCUUCCUGCAACUCUGGAGGUGUUGGAUCUGAGCAACAACAAUCUCAGAAGCUUCACCCUGGCCCUGCCCGCCCUGAGAGAGCUCCACCUCUCUGGGAACAAGAUACUGAGGCUGCCCCCUGGGCAGCUGUUCCCCAAUCUGCAAACACUGACAAUACAGUCAAACAUCUUGAACAUGUUCGCCCGUUCAGACCUCCAGUCGUACAGUCGACUGCAGGAACUCCAGGCGGGUCAGAACAAAUUCGUCUGCUCCUGUGACUUUGUCAGCUUCUUCCAGUCGGCCAUCAACGGAGGUGGAGACAUGCAUUUAACAGAUGGAGAGGAAAGCUACACCUGCGACUCUCCUUUUGAGCGGCAUGGGCAUCUGGUGGGUCAGGUCCACCCCUCUGUUGUUGAGUGCCACAGGGUUUUGUUUGUGUCCGUGAGCUGUGGGGUGGCGCUGUUUGUUGGGACCCUGCUGACUAUCGUGCUGUGGCGCCUCCAUGCGUUCUGGUACCUCAAGAUGAUGUGGGCAUGGCUAAGAGCCAAGCGUAGCUCCCGGCGACGACGGCAACGCAGAGAUGAGGAGGGUUCAGAAGGGUUGCUAUCCUAUGACGCCUUUGUGUCCUACAGUGAGAGAGACGCCAGCUGGGUGGAAAACUUCUUGGUACCUGAACUGGAGGAGCCAAGUGAGAACGAUGGAGACUCUGUGAACCCCAGACCCCCCCGGCCUCUGACCCUGUGCCUCCACAAGCGGGACUUCCUUCCUGGACACUGGAUUGUGGACAACAUCAUAAGCGCCAUGGAGCGCAGCCGGCGGACCAUCUUCAUCCUCUCUGAGAAUUUUGUCCAGUCUGACUGGUGCCGCUACGAGCUGGACUUCUCCCACUUUCAGCUUUUUGAUGAGAAUGCCGCCGGAGACGCGGCAAUCUUGAUCCUGCUGGAACCGCUGUCCAAGGACGACAUCCCCAAACGCUUCUGCAAACUGCGCAAACUCAUGAGCUCCACCACCUAUCUGGAGUGGCCUCAGGACGAGGAGAGGAGCGGGGAGUUCUGGAGGAGUCUCCGUAACGCUUUGAGAGGAGAUGACGAGGAGGAUGAAUGAGGGGGAAGACAAGGUGAGGGUGAGGAAGAGUCAACGCAAAAGGACAAGACAAAUGUGGAGUGAAGAAGAGAAAUAUUAAGGAGCAGGACUACUUGAACAGGAAAGAUUAGAAGCCAAGGACGGAGGAGAUGAGGUGUAAAAGAAGACUGUGGCGGAGGAGUAAACGAUGUAGAUGAAGAGAGGAAUGUUGAAGAUGAGAUGAACUUUUUUUGCCAAAGUGGGCUGAAAGACAAAAACUUGCAGGGUCACAGUAUACUUCAUAUAAAGCCUGUUUUGUUUUGUCUCACAUCUCGUCCUCACACACCUUUGCAACGUUGGAAUCGAGGGAGAGCGUAUCUGAAAAUUUCUGUAACUUUCUGAAACCGACAUUCUGACUUUCACACCCACUUCAUUCUGAAAUCACCGUUUUUUUUUCUCCUUUGUUUUCGUCAUCUGCAUUAAUCAGGACUUUUUGGUUUUUUACAACCUUCGAAGAUUCAAGGGUUUUAUCGUAUCAAGUGAUAUUUUGCAAGAGUUUGUCAGUUUGUUUAAUUAUAAUCCAAAAAUAAAGAGUGGUGAU